UCGUACGGUUCGGUCGUACGAUGAGCGAGUUGCGCAAUGCCACGCCCACCGAGACAACCAAUCGCCGGUAUUCUAUGUCAGGCAGCGCAAGUUCCAAAAAAGAUAAACAGCGUGAUGAUGAUGAAACCACGCAGGUGACCGGCCCAUAUCCCGAGGACGUCUUCAGCUGCGACGCCCGACGGCUUUAUAAAAUGGUACGUCGUUUAAUUCCAAUGAAAGCGGAAACGAUCAAGGUAGCCGACAGGAAGAUGAUUAGAGAAACAGCGGAUGAGAUAAUGGAACGGCUCAUCCAGAUAACCGAGAUAGUGAAAGAACUGCGACACAACCUAAAAUUGAAGGACCAAAAAAUCGAGGAAGUACAAAAGGCGAAAAACGUAAGUACCCCGAUUUUUUCUUAUGCGGAAAGAGUGAAAGCAGGUGGUAAUAGUGUUAGUUUUACCCCAAAACCCCAAAUCAGCGAAUCUUCCCAUACGGUACGCGUCCAGGCCAAAGAAUCUGAUAAGAAUGCUAAUUUUGUUAAAAAAGUAAUAAUGCGUACAGUCGAUUCCAUCAAAAGCAAUAUAUUAGUAAAAAAUGUUAGGGCAACCAAAUCGGGAGACGUAGUUGUAGAUUGCGCAAAUAAAGAAGACGCCGAAAAAAUUAAAUUGACCUUGAAUAUGAAGGCCAAAAACGAUGUAGCGGUUAGGGACGUUAAAAAAACGCUGGCCACGUGUCAGAAUUGAUAGGAUUAGUAAAGAGCU